UAAAGCCACGUACGGUGGCUACUGUUUUUCGGAGGUGGAAGAAGAGUUAAUCUACUCCCUCCUUCUCCUCCGGUAACCAAUCUUUGGCGUUGGAGGGCAUGUUCAUUUUUCAUAUUCUGACCACACAUUUGCAUUUGGACGCGAUCCUUUCGAUUCUCUUCUUGUCUUCUCGUGAAUAUAUACUGAGCAUAUUUCUCAUCUUGGUUUCUUGGUUCACCAGCUGGGUUUGGUUUUUUUGGCCUUGCAAAAGUACUAUGCCUUGGCCUUGUUGAUAUAUUGUACAAUUUUUCCUUUCUUUUGGCGGGUUCCAAACUGAUAUACGAGCAA